CCAAGCGCUUUUUUUAUUUUCCGAGUCAUAGAAAUCCUAGAAAGAAAAAGUAACAAAAAUUAAUAAAACCAUAAUGGAGUGUCUUUUAGGAGUGAAAUUUAAUGAUUUUGUUAUAAUUGCUGCCGAUAGAACGGCGGCCAACAGCAUUAUGGUGAUGAAAUCGGACGAAAACAAGCUUCAUAAACUGUCGAACAGGCUAGUUAUGGCUGUUUCGGGCGAAAGCGGUGAUACUACGCAAUUCGCCGAAUAUAUUGCUAAAAAUAUUCAACUGUAUAAGAUGAGAAACACUUAUGAGUUGAGCCCUAGUGAAGCCGCUACUUUCACACGAAGAAAUUUGGCUGAUACACUAAGAUCAAGGUCACCUUACAUGGUAAACCUUUUGCUAGCUGGUUAUGAUGAAAACGAAGGCCCACAACUCUAUUAUAUGGAUUAUCUAGCAUCAGUAGCCAAAGUAGACUAUGCAGCUCACGGUUAUGGAGGUUACUUCUCCCUGUCAAUCAUGGAUCGUAACUAUUUGAAGAAUAUGACUCCUGAUCAGGGAUAUGAGUUGCUGAAGAAGUGUGUUCAAGAGGUCCAGAAGAGACUGAUCAUCAAUUUGCCCAACUUUAAAGUGCAGAUUAUUGAUAAGGAUGGUAUCAGAGACCUGCCUGAUAUUAAUCAAAAAUCUUUUGAGUAAAAGUUUUUUUUUUUUAAAUUUUGUAUCUUAACUAAUUUAAUAUUUCAUGAUUGAAUAAAUAUGUUAUUUGUA